AUGCAAGCCAUAGAUGUGGUAAAUAAUAACCAAAAAACACAAGCUCUUUUAAUCCCAAAGGUUGAAUGGAUAAGACUAAAAAAGAUUUUGACCAAAAAGGAUGAUGAUAUAGCUACAAUUGAGAUGAUAAAGCGAUUAAAAGACGAACGGCAAGCUACAUCCAAAGCCAUAAAAGAAACAUGGGACGCUACUGUACUGAAUAAAAGAAAGAAAGAACUAGAAAACAGACGAAAGUUAGUAGCAAGUAAUGAAGCCAGACAACUUAAAAGAGACGAAAUUAUGAAACUCGAAAUUUUGGAGCGCAGAAAUGCCAUUGUAGAAAAGUUUCGGUUGAAGAAAUGGUCGGACAGAGAUUCGACAAAAGCGCUCGCCAGAGAAGUGCACAAGAUGGAGGUGCUUAGAGAGAGAUCUAUUCAAAUUAAAUUCAAUGAGGAUCAGAAAGCGAAGGAAUUGGAAGCAGAUCGUUUAUUAAAGAUGGAACAAAAUUUAGAUGCUGAACGAUAUAAGACGGAUCAAUGGGAACAGAAAUUGAAACAAGCUGAAACGAAAAAAGCUAAUGCUGCUUUUUUCCUAAAAGAAUUGAAAGAACGAGAGAAUAUAAAGCGUGACAAUGAUAUUAAAUUAAGAGAAGAAGGUAAAGCUGAAUUGCAGAGAAUUGCAAAUGAAAUCGAGGAAGAUAGAGAGAAAAAAAAAGCUAAAACUCUAGCAACGAGAGAGAAUUUAAUAAAUCACUUAAAUGAAAAUAGAAAAAUUGUGGCUGAAAACAUUAAGCUGCGUCAGUUAGAAGAUCAAGAGGAAAAUUUAGUAGUAUCAAUAAUGGCUGAGGCAAAGAAGAAAAUAGCUAAAACAAGAAAACUGAAAGAAAUAGAAAUUUUAAAAGAAAAACAAAAAUUAUUAGAAAAAAUGGUUGAAACUGCAGACACGGGUCAGGAUAAAGAAGAGGUUUCAUUUCAAAACGCAGUCGAAGAAAAAGAGCGGAAGUAUCAAAGAGAAGAACUUAAAAAUAAGGGUUUGAUAAAAAAUAGAGAAGAAGAUUUCGAGGCCAGUAAGAAGAUCUUGGAUGAAGAAAAUAGAAAGGAAAAAGAACGUUUGACACUGAGUCAUCAGUGGGAACUGGAAAGGCGCCUAAGAGAGACUGAGAUGUUAUGCUUACUCGAAGAGUCAAGUAAACAGGCAAAGACCAGAGAAACUAACUGUUUUCGAAAGAAUCUCAAUUUACAAUGUGAUAACAAUAGAGCAGCUAGUAGAGCUAACAAACGGGUAGAUGUUGAAAAAUAUAAUGCACAAUUAAAACUUUGGAAACAACAGGACGAGGAGUUUAUGACCCACACCAACAAUUUGAUAACUAAAUAUAAAAAAGCUGGGACAUCUGUCAUACCAUUAAUGAAAGCUAUCAAGGAUUAUAAGAAAAAUAACAAAUUACUCAGCAUGCAGUGA